UAAUGCGUGUGCGCCGGCGGCGUGUCACAGGUCCAGUGUGAUGACAUACGGAUGCCCGUGCGGUCACACGCACGGAUCUGCUGCUGCUGCUAUGGACUCGCGCACAAACGCAGCGUCCUGCCCUUCUUCGUCUUGAUCCGGAGGAGUCAUGAACCGCUGCAAGGUGACGCGUCCUCUCUGAUUUCAGGCCAAACUUCCACACGGAAGCACGCCGGUGUGAGUGAGGCGGCACCGGCUGCUCGUUUGGUGGCGUUAGCGGAGCCGCUCCGGGGGAAUGUCGACCGGCCGUCUGUCCCGCUGACAUCGGCCUCUUCUCAGCGCACACAACGGGCCGAAUGAGGUCCAUGUUUGGGCAGUGAGGUCUCCUGUCAAGCAGAAUGGUACUAUAUCAGUUGACGGUCUGUGUGAGAUGAGAGUUACCUGUAAGCAAUGUGAGUGCUAUUGACAGACGGGCAAACGUUAUUCUACAUACCUGACCUCCACCUCAAUCACCAGCCAGUCAAAUGCACCCUGACAAUAAACUGGCCAAUCAUGACAAGCAUGUCAUCAGUGACUGCAGCUCCCAAAUCCCCACUGUAAACCAACAGGCUCCGCAGCAGCAGGGAGCUGCGGGCCACCUGGGUCCAAAGGGUGUUGGUGCCGGGAGCCAUGGAGUCAAAACCAACCAGAUUUCUCCAAACAACCCCAGCGUGAAAGCUGUUAGCCAAUCAGGAAGCAGUGUUGGAGUGAUGAUGAAAACGAAAUCCAAGAGGGAGCGAAGUGUCUCUCUCGACUUGAGUGAAACAAGAAAUGCCAUUGCGUCCAGUCUGGAGACAGAUGCCAAAGGAGAGGGGUUUACACGAACUAAGCGGCGCUGUGUUCUUGAGAAGAAACAGCCGUACAGUGGCGAUGAAUGGUGCUCUGGACCAGACACAGAAGAGGAAGAGGACAAGCCACACACUGGAACUACCCGGGAUCGUGCUCUGGCUGGUGCUGUGCAGAGCAUCUCAGAUCGCCUGUCUGCGGGUCCCUUGUCUGACCCUGGGGGUCCUGUAAUGGGUUGUGGGGUGGGACCAGGGAUCAAGGCAGAAACAACUCAGCCUUCACAACAAAUGGUGUACGUUUUCACAACAAGCCUUGCCAACAGCGCUGCAGAGGCAGUACUGAAAGGACAAACAGAUUCCAUACUUCUGUUCCACCAGCAAAAUGUUCCACGUACCAAGUUGGAGCAGGGCCACCCAUCAGGGAAGAUCCCUAGCAUAUCUGAGAAGAUUAACUCCAGCAGCUCUCCACCCACAGGUACCCCAAAAUCUCACAGAGGGACUCCUCAGCCACCCUCGGCAGGAGUUGCUGGCCCUUUGCACCCUGUGGGCACACCGUCAUCAGCAGGACAUUCAGACAAUGAAUCGUCUCAGACCAGACUUGGUGGAGUGUCCAGCAAUAACAUCGUUGCCCAUAGGUCAGAGGGCGGAAGUAUGGCUACACCUGGCACAGGAGAUGGCGAUGUCAUGGGGGGCAUGACGCUUCCUGUUGCUGCUCUCUCUCCUACAGGAAGCCCCUCUAUCCUUUCAGCACAUCUACAAAGUGAAGCAGGCCAUAGGAGUGGGCUGACAAACACAGAUGGUCUAUCCAAAGAGCAGCUAGAACACAGGGAGCGUUCUUUGCAGACAUUGAGAGACAUAGAGAGGCUGCUCUUGCGCAGUGGGGCCAAUGGAUGCCCUGGAGAUGCAGGAGGCUCCAACAUCCCUCCCAAUAACUCUUCCAACCUAAGUAACGCUAACAGUGAUCGGAACAGCAUUCUUGAGGAUAGUGACAACUGCACUAAUGCCUCUGGAAACUGCAAUAUUGGUAAUAUGCUGUCAUCUGCUUUGGCUCCAUUGGGUGGCAUGAAGAAAUAUGAUGAACCUCUCCAGUCAAUAAUUUCACAAACACAAUCUCUUGGUGGGCCUACCAUUGACGACCCACAAAUGGAUUCUCACCAUAACCUACCGCAACACUCUUAUCACCAGCUUUCUUCUCCUGUGAUGGACAUGGGACCUUUACUUGGACCUGAAGGGCUGACUCCAGAACAAAUGGCAUGGCGGAAAUUGCAGGAGGAGUACUACCAGGAGAAGAGGCGACAGCAGGAAAUGCAACCCUCGACGCAUCCCCAGCAGUUACGAAUGAUGACAGAAAUGGGAAUGCACGGAGGACCCAUGAUGAUGAGAGGGCCGCCUCCUCCAUACCACAGCAAGCCUGGAGAUCAGCAGUGGGGUUCUGGGACUGUGAUAGGGGGAGGAAUGGGUGGAAAUCCACGUAUGAUAGACAUGCACCAAGAAGGACCUCGUGGCCCAAGGUUCCUGGGACAUGUGCAAAGAGGGCCACAUGGAGGAGGGGGUUUUCCAGGUAGCCCAGGUGCAAUGUUAUCAAUAGAGGGUAUUGGGCCUCAGAGGCCCACUCGACCAGGUAUGAUUUGGCUAGAUGAUAUGCCCAACAUGGGGGGUGGUGGUUCUUUUCAUGGCUGCUAUCCUGGUGGACAAUGCACACCUUCCCAACACUUUCAGGGUAAUGCUGAACAUCUGCUAACACGUGAGGAAAUGUUUCGCAUCAUGGAGAAACGACAGAUGCAGGGACUCCCAAGGUUUGAACUUGAGCGGUUGGCUAAACAGAAACAGGGAAGCCUGGGGUCGAGAAUUUUGGAUAAUCCUGGGGGCCCAGAUUUUCCCACUUUAGGAAUGGCACGGUGUCCACCUUCCACUCGAGGUGAUCCUAUGGAUUUUCCUGCUCCACGGGAGAUUAUGGUUUCUCCUGGUGGUGGAGGUGUUCCCCAAAUUAGAGAUUUAGGGGAUUCUCCAUUGGGAAAUGCCCUCACAAUGAACAUGAAUCCACAGCUGAAUGUGCAACAGCAACAACAAAUGUUAUCUCAGAAGCUCAGAGCAGGUCCUGCUGGAGGGGUGCCUUUAGGUGAGAUGUUAAGCCCUAAUGAGAUUUCACAUAUUAGGUCUUCUCAAAAUGGAAGAGGAGUAAAUAAGGGAGUGAUACAAGGACCUGAUGGCUCCUUCCAGUUUCCCAACCAAGGUGUUUUCUCUGGAGGACAGAUGGAAGGAUCCUAUCUUCAGCAGCCUGGCUCUGAGAUAUUUGCUCCCAACCAGCAUGGCCCUCCUCAAAUGGGGAGUACAUCACGACUAACUCACAUGCCAAUGACUGGACACCUUAGGGGAGCAGAUCUUGGUGCCAGGCGCCCAUCUGACUUGUCAAUCAAUGUUAACCCCUUAGGCUCUCCUGGAGUGCCUCCUCAUCAUCAGCUGAAAUCUCCAUCUCUUAGCCAGGAGCCAUCUCCUUUUCUGCCUUCCCCCUCUGCUCCAGGACUGAAGUCACCUUCAAGGAUCUCUGCAGGUCAACACCCCCCUCUACCCCCUGCCUCUGGUGCUGGGACACCUACUUCCAUGAAGUCUCCUCAAGUGAUGGGGGCUACUUCCCUUGGGAUACACUCUCCCUCUGCCUCUCCUGGAAGACUUAAGUCCCCAGCCAUGGCUGUUGGUUCUCCAGAGUGGACAUCUCCGAAAACGGCUCUUCCAAGUCCAGGUGGUCAACCCAGUGGAAAGGUAGUAGGAAAUGAAGGAUGUACUUCCACUGAGACAGGCCAGUCGCUACCUCCUCGGAGUUCCAGCUCUACCCCCAUUAGCCAACCAGGCUCUAUGAAUCCCAGUAUGCCUUUUACCUCCUCUCCAGAUGCCCCUCCAUCCCAAAAUCCUUUGUCUCUGAUCAUGUCUCAGAUGUCUAAGUAUGCCAUGCCCAGUUCUACUCCUCUCUACCAUGAUGCAAUUAAAACAAUUGCCACUUCAGAUGAUGAGAUGCUGCCAGAUCGACCUCUUUUGUCUGGCAUCAACCUUGGAGGUAACAUGGGGAAUCACCAGACCUCCCAGAUGCUCGUCUCCCAGAGCUCUAUUGGCCCUCACAGUGAUCCACAAAGCCCCAUGGGUAUUGUAAGCCAAGGUCAGCAACACUUGUCUCAUGAUGCUUCAGGACCUAUGCUUUCUUCCCCCAAUCCUAUGAGCAUGUCUGCCGUUAGUACUGCCAUGAUGGGGGGACCAGCGCCUGAUGGAAUAGGGUCCUGCAACAUGUCUCCAAUGCCUCAAAACCAGAUGGCAGGUUUUAUUCGCAUGCAGCCACCAUCUCAUGGACCUAUGCACUCACCUGUUGGAGGAAUGCCUCAGAAUUUCUCUCAAUCAAAUGAGGAUGCUUUGCCACCACAGCAGUUGCAUCUGCUUAGCAAGGGGCUUCGCCACCAGCGACCUGCCCACCCCUCAGACUCAUUUGCGUCUUUACCCAUGGGUGAUGGCCCAGAUCUAAGUGAAGUCAUCCGUCCCACUCACACAGGGAUCCCUGAGUUUGAUCUUUCCCGUAUUAUUCCUUCUGAUAAACCCAGUAGCACACUUCAGUAUUUUCCGAAGAGUGAGCCACUUCAAAAUCCACAUCCGGGUCAACCAUCCCAGCAACCUACCCCACAGCAGCUCCUCAAACAGCUCACAUCUUCUGGCUCUCCACAUAGUGGUCCUUCAUCCAACCCUCACUUGGCUAACCUACAGAAUAUGAUGGCAGAACAACAACUUCCACCUCACCCAUCACAUGGGGGACUACGCCAAAGCAUGGGCAUUCCUCAAGGGGCCUCACGGGGUAUGGUUCCUGGUGGAGGUUUGGGUCCCAUGUGCCCCCCUGGAUAUAUAAUGGGUAGGACAGGCAUAAUGCCACAGCAGCAACUUCAGCAACAGCAAGCCAUGAUAGCAAACAGCCUUCUCCACCACCCUUCCAAUCCUUACCCUAGCAUGAUGUCCUCCCAGCAACAUCCACACAAUCUGAUGGCACAGCAAAACAUUAUGAUGAUGCAAGCCAAACAACGAAGUAUGUCAAUUCCAGGGGAUCCCUUUAGCCCCCAAGGAUCUGUAAUGACCCCACAGGGUCCCAUGAUGGGUCCUCCCCAUCCACAGCCUGGUAUGAUGGGCCCACAGUCUCUCAGACAGCGUGGAAUGCCUCUGGACAGUCCCAUUGGUUAUGGUCCUGGAAGUAUGGCUAAUAUGCCAUUCUGACCUUCUCACUUAUACUGUACUAGACAUGAUUCCAGUUGGUUAUGUUUCCAUUGUGUCCAUAUUCUGUCAUUGUUAAAAUUGCAGUUGUUUUGAAAAGAACUGGUGUAAAUCAAUAUAUCAGUGAGUCUUUAAAUUUUGCAUUGCAGCUGAUUUAAAAAAUGAAUAUUGAAAGCACUGUCACACUGUUGAAUAAAAAUAUCGAAGCCAUUUUCUAAAUACUGUAAAAUAUGUAUAUUUCACAGAUGUGUGUAUUUGUUGUGGGAACAGAGUGGCAGUCCACAUCGGAGUGCCUCAGAUUUCUAUUUGUUUUAAUAUCAUUGAUUUAUUUUCUCCAACUACCAAACUGUUGUGCAAAGAAAUAUAUAUAAUAUAUACUUGCUGUACAUAAGAUGCAUUUUGUGAUUGUUUGCAGUUCUGUAUAAUUGUUUUAAUAGAAGUCUAAAAAAAGAAGCAUAAUGCUGAGUUCUAAAAUGUUUUGGUUAUUGUGUUGUCAAUAAUCAUUUGACACUGACAAGGGGAGAGGCGUAUGUAAUAUCUGAAAUCUUUAUUAACAUAAGUAUUUAAAAUGAGGAAAAAAAAAUCAUUUUUGUUAACUUUUUUUUU